AUCUUUGAGAAGGGCUAAGGGACGUUGCGGCAACUGUGAGGGGAAAUGGACGUGGGAAGCUUUCGAGACUUGGUUAUAACUGCUCCGCAGGAGUUUUAUAUGACCUCUUUGAGCGUUUCUUUUCAAGGUGGGGAAGACGUGGUUUGAAGACUCUCCGCCACCAUGGCAGAAGGAGCCAUAGGAAGACGGGGAGGAACUUCACCUGUUGAUUUUUCUGCCCGUCGUGUUAAGGCACAGUACGGUAGCUCCCUCUUUUAAAAAAAAACAACAACCCAAAAUCGCUAUGAAAACUUUAAAAGUAUAAAUAUUUUAUUUUGGCUUCGGCCCGGGAUAAAAUAUCAGGCUGAUGUUGAGUAUAAUUUUAACAAGAGAGAGAGAAAGAGAAGUUGGGAUAAUGAUCUCAAAUCAGGGGUUGGGGGGGGGGGCGGUAUUUAAAUGCCCGGAACCAAAAUGGAGACGGGAGGGUCCAGGUUCUCCGGCAUCUUAUCUACGGGCAGGGAAAAUGAUAGAAGGGACGUGUGGUGCUGGGCCGCCAUUUUGUCUAAGGGCAAACCAGUGACUGGAAAGCGGCCUUGGCUGCCAUCUUGCUUAUGGGCAACGGUAUCCAGCAUGUCGAGUGAGGGCAACCGAGGCGUUGAGUCGCAGAGCUAUGAUGCCAUCGCAGUUCGUCUCACCAUGCUGCUGCGCUUGUCAGCGAUGAACAGAUUCUGAGCUGUAGCGGCUUCCGCUGUGAGAUUCGCGUUUCCCCCCUGAAGUAUUAUAUACCUGCUUACGGAAAGGCAGAAAGUUAAAAGCUUUCACUCUGGUUCCUGUACAUGCUGCAUAUCUGGGAUGGAAAUCUUACCAUCAGUUCAUACCGUGUGGUGGUGUCUAGUUUAAUCAAGCCUGACUUGACUUGGGAAUCACAUAUAUAUUUUUUAAAAUGAAGAAUCAAAUAAAAUGAAUAUGUUAUCAUCAUGCUUUCAGGCUCCAGAUACUUUCUUCGCCUCCUGAAGGGCAGUACUGGUCACUGCAAGAACCGCUCUAAAUGUUCUGCAUCUCCAGUCCUAAGAUCUUGUAGUCAAACAAAGCUACAGGCAUUUUUCUUUGCAAGGUACCUGAGAAAUCCCUGUGUUGUUCCUCAUUCCCAUGGAGCCACUCAGUCAUGGAGGUUCUUUUCCUGUAAGGAUCUUCUAGAGUCAGAGCAGGAGAACUGGAGAGCUUGUUCAGCAAAAUAUAUGGCUAUGACAAAGAGGAUCAAACAAAGAUUAGAAGCUCAUUAUGACAAGUAUUCAUCCAGUCUGAGCAGCCCAGCGAUUAGGUUUGGAGAGUAUGUUUACUUUGAAGAAAAUGGCUGCAUAUUUCGUUCGAAGCUGGGAGAAGUAGAUGAAGGAAACAAUGAAAUAUUGCUUAGUACAGAAGCACUACCGUUUCAUAAUUCCCUUAUCCAGCGCAUCCGAAUUUGCCCAGAUCAGAGAUAUAUGGCUGCUGCGAUUAAAAGUGCACAUUCCGAAGAGUCUGCGUGUAUUGUUGUGAAAUUAGAUACAUUACCAAAAGUGGAAUGUAUCAUCCCAAAUGUCUUUAGCUUUGAAUGGGCUGCACAUGAGAUUCUCUUCUAUACCACCCAGAAGAACCUACAGUGUCGUCAUGUGUAUUUAUGUGAUUUUAAUAAAAAACACUCUGAGCUUGUUUAUACGGAACACGAUACAAGAUAUUUUGUGGAUCUCUACCGCACAAAGGACAAGCGCUUUCUGACUAUAAACAGUAACAGCAAGAAUGCCUCUGAAGUGUGGUUGGUUGAUUCCCACCACCCUUUUAAGUCUCCUGUUCUUGUGCAACAACGAACAGAAGGAGUCCUUUACCACGUUGAACACAGAAACAAUGAGUUGUACAUUCUUACUACAUAUGGAGACCCAGUGGGAUACAAGCUAAUGAAAGCUUCAGUUGACUCAUGUGGUUUGGAGAACUGGCUGUCCAUUUACACAGUGAAAGAAAAUACCAAAUUAAUUGACUUAGAGAUGUUCAAAGACUACUGUGUUGCGUUUCUGAAGUUCUGCGGUCAUCUGUAUUUAGAUAUUUUUUCUUUUGUGUCAAACUCAGUUCACAACGUUAAGCUACCUGCCUGGGCCUGUUCAUUUGAAUUGGAUCCUCAUCCUGAGUACACCGCCAGCACUUUCUACUUUUGGCUCAUCUCCCCAGUUCAACCUCCAGUACGUUUUGCAUAUUCAGUGAUGAAAAACAGCCUUAUUGAGCACACUGAGCAAGAGGUGCCAGUUACAAUGAAUUGUCACACUGUACGAUUAGAAGCUAAAAGCAAGGAUGAAACUUGCGUGCCAAUUACAGUUUUUCAUAAAGCCAAUUCUAAAGAGCUGCGCAGGAUGCCACUUCUGGUUCAUGUAUAUGGAGCUUAUGGCAUAGACUUGAACAUGAGCUUUAAAGCAGAAAAUUUAAUGCUAAUCAAGGAUGGGUGGAUAUUAGCAUACUGUCAUGUUAGAGGUGGAGGAGAGUUAGGCCUGAGAUGGCAUAAAGAUGGCAGUAUGACAAAGAAGCACAAUGGUAUUCAAGACCUCCAGGCCUGCAUAAAGUUGUUACAUGAACUGGGAUAUUCUCAGCCAGCGCUUACAGCACUGACGAGUGUGAGUGCUGGAGGAGUUCUUGCAGGAGCUCUCUACAAUAAUGAUCCUCACCUUAUCAGAGCUAUGGUUUUACAGGCCCCAUUCCUGGAUGUUUUAAAUACAAUGUUGGACCCUCAUCUCCCCCUAACUAUUGAAGAACAAGAAGAAUGGGGUAAUCCUUUGGUUGAUGAGACUUGCAAGGAAUAUAUCCAAAGCUACUGUCCCUAUCAGAAUAUUAGGCCACAGAAUUAUCCUUCUGCUUUCAUCACAGCCUCUGAAAACGAUCAACGCAUACCUCUGGCUGGGCUAUUAAGAUACAUCUGUAAACUUAGAAAAGCUGUACAAGCUUUCCAUGCCCAAGACAACUGCACAAAAGUGAAAGGACUUCAGAUGCCUAAUAUUCUCUUAGAUGUUCAACCAGGAGGCAGUCAUUGUGCUCCAUCUUGGGAUGAUUCUUUAAAUCAGGUAUCCUCACUGUGUUCUUUUUUGCAAUCAAAAAGGGAAACAGCACAGAUCAGUGCUAUACACUGUGGAGAUAAUUGCUCUCAUGUUGUGAGAUAAAAACUGAAACUUCAAGGGUCGUGAACGUUUGAGGAAUAAUAUGUAUGCAUGUACAGUGUUUGUGAUUCCCAAAUAACCAUCUCAAAUCUGCACACCACCGCUUAUCUACCUACCACCAUCUCUCCUGUGAUCUCUACACACAGGGCCAGCCUUACCAUUAGACAGAAUGAAGCAACUGCUUCAGGUGGCAGAUGUUGUGGGGACAGCAAAAGCACCCCCAGCUGUUCCUCCCGAGCCUGCCAGCCAUUCCCCUUUGUUGCCUCUCCUGCAGCCCCUAAACUGGCCUGCUACCUCGGGUACAUGGGUGAUGCUAUCCUAUCACCAAUGUGGAAGUGAAAUUCAGUUGUCAGUCCAAGUGGUAAGGGGACGUCCUGUUGUAUUUCAUCUCAGGCAGCAAAAUUUAUUUGACUGGCCAUGUCUGCAUGCAUUGCCUUUCAUUCCUCUCCCUGGUGACUUCCUGGGGGGAAAACACCCUGGAAGGGGGGGGGAGCAUUUAUCCUGGAAGGUUAAAGGGAAGACUGAGCAAAACACUUGAAGUGGGUGACGCCAUUCAUAAGCACAAGUGUUUGGUGGCUGUCCAUUUUAAGAUGAAUACUGCAAAGUCACCUUGAAUGGGCAGGAGAAGCUGCUAUGUGAAUUGGUCAAUACAAGCUGAUCUUGAGCCCAGUACCUACCUAGAUCAGAUGUUAAAAGAACAUUUGCUUGUGUACGACAUUAACGCUUCUCGUGCUUUAUUUAGUGUAGACAUGUUUUAAUUGUUCUGCUUUCUACUUGAGUGUUUCAUAAAUAAUACUUUCCCUCCUAAUAAAUAAGAGGCCCCUUGUUGGAAAAAAGAGACUCUGCACCUCUUUUUCCAUGAAUGCAAAUGGCUUCUAUUCACGACGCACCAACUUUGGAUAUCACCCAGCAGGAAGAAAAUGCUAUAUCUAUUUUAAAAAGUAAUUGGUCAUCAUCCAACCAGAGGAAUCCUACAGAUGGCAUUUAUGUCUUUCUUCUUGAGAGGCUCAAUUCACGAGCCAAUUCACUAGCAUCUGUUUUGGGGGACUGGGGUGGGCAGAGGCCUGGAUUCAGCCAUUACCCUUCCACCCCAAAAGCUGAUUGGUACUGUUGAAAACAGGCUGACUUCACUGUGCAAGGAUUGAGCUUCUUACAUCAUACACUGCAAAUUCAGCAAGGAAGGUAUUCCACUUUAAUUCCCCCAACACUGGUGCCAGUACUCAUAUGGGCUUCUUGCUAUGUAUUUCAGGAACAUGCUACACAUACCCACGUGUAUGUAUGUUUUUGCUAAUUAUUUAUUAAUUUAGCUCUUUUGUACAUCACUCUGCAAGCAGUUCUUGGGAACCUUCUCUCUCUCUUUUUGGCUGAAAACAAUCAAUUAGAAAAAACAAGAAGGAAU